CUAACUACUACGGAUACUACAGUACUCCUACGUACUACCAACCGCGCGCCCCGGCUACUGUAACUUAGCUUGCCUUCCCACGUCUCCUCCACUCUUCUUCAUGGGUCCAUUUCCACGUCCAAGGGUCCCCCCCGGCCCCCAGUCUCCUGAUUCAUCCACCCCCUCAUUAGUGAGGGUGCGGUGUGAGCAUUCGAGGUGUGGGAUGUUGUGCUUUUUCUUCUUACAGCGAAAGUUCUGUUUCGAGUCUCAAACUCCACAAGGCUCUCCUUCUCUCUCCCAAGUUGCCGCACUGCACUUCAAUUCACAUAACCUCAGUUCAAACAGAGUCGGCCUGUUAAUUAUCCUCUUCUCAAGUGAUGAACUCGUUGAUCGAUGUGGCUAACGUGAGAUGAAACAAAUCUGGACUUCUGGUGUUACUCGAAUCUAAAGUGAAUCUCGCUGUCUGUUUGUCCCUUGCUUGUCUUGUCUGGCCAUGCUUCCAAGACUGUCAGUCACCGUUCAAUGUCCCUGUCAUUGCCGCCGUCUCUCUCUUAGCUUGACUUGACUUGACAUGACUUCGACUUGAGCCUGGCUUCUAUUCUAGCUUUCGUCUCCUCGUGUCGCUGGCUCCUCUUACUCUAGAGGCCCUUCACUUGUCUCUCUCUAUCAUAUCCUACCCGGGUUCCCACACCCUCACUUCAUCUUGGAUCUCAUUCUAAUCUCGAUCCUUCUCUUCCUUUUCCUUUUCCUCUUCCCUCUUCAUCGUUCAGUCUUUUUGACUUCGACACUUCCCCUCCCCUCCACCUAAUCCCAAGGACCCCCCUCCCUCCUCCCUUUCUCCUCUCCCGUCCCGCCAGGCCAGCCCAGGCCUGACUGAUCUGAGCUCCCCGCCACGAACACCCCCAGCCAGGCUCUUUUUUUCUCGCCGAUUACAGACGCUCUUCAAGUGUUAAUCGCGCGUCAAAAACCUACCGACGCCCCAAGCGCCGUGACUCUCGUCAUUUCCAAACCUCAACCACCCGACUUUUCGCUACGGAUACUCUUGGAGCAACUACGCUUUCAACCUUACCUAUCUUUUAUCUGCGAGCGCGCAUGUGGAAAAGGCUUUCAGGCCACUAACUUAACUCCGUUGAUUCACGCUCUUUUACUUUGGUUAUAGCUGCCAAGUUCAAUCUCGGUCUCAAGCCAAAAUUAGAAAGAGAAAUCAGUCUGGCUACUGUCUCAUUUCGCCUUCUCUCUACAACCACUGGAUCAAAUCACCUUACCCGGAUUCACCUUCUUUAACUCCCAAUCUCAGCGUCAUCCAAUCCCAAUCACAAAUUACCUUACUUUCCGCCAAGCACGGCCUCAAUUUUGGAUCCUAGAAUCGUAACCGCAAGGACUGACUGACUGUUGAUCGAUUUACUUGUGUUGUGUGGUGGAUAUUCGUCUGAGCCUGCUGCUUUCUCCAAGGCCACUGCGCCACCCAGUUUGCUUCAGCUGUCCCGAUCUCAGCGACAUCAUCCUCAUUAAUCAACAGGCACUUCUGCCAGUUACAUAUCGUUCAGCGAGUUCGGUCCCCAGCCUCGCGGCUUUCACGGCCACCUGCGGAACGUCCGGAGUGGCUUCAAUUGCGCCUCGUCUCCACGUUCUGGAAAACCGCUCUGAGUUUGCAGGCUUCUAGGCUUGGCUGUGUGGCCUCUUGGCGCCCCUACGACUCACUUGUUCCCUUGUGCUGUGCACCAUCGGCGAGUCGUUCUAUAAUGUCAACUUUCACCGCCCUUAAUGGGGGCUCACCCAGAACUACCGAUCCGCCUGCUGUGACGAUAGAGAAGCCAGCCAUGGAGGAGCGCGCACUUAGCACAUCGACAUCUCAGCCUCCACCUACACCAGAAGUUUCAUCAAAUCAAAUUCCCAGCCAAAGUUCGGAUCGACCACCGUUUCAAUCACCCGGUUAUCCUGACGUAGAAGGAUCUCACAAGCGAAAACGAUCAGACUCUGUUGAAAUUCGUCGUGAGCAUGCAGUGCAUGCUCAGACACCGGAAUCCGCUCACCCUCAUCACGAAUCGCGAGAGCCUUAUGGAACCCCCUCAAGAGAUUAUCGUCCUUAUGGUGACGAGCACCGAGACAAAGAGUCUUGGUAUUCUCAUCAGGCACGCGAUGAGCGAAGUUACGACUCACAGCAAAAUUCGGCUACCACUCCUCAUGGCCAAACAGAGGAGCAGAUUGGCGAUGCGCUUCGCAGGGCUACCGGUCAGAUGGACCAUAAUGAUUACUCAAAUGCCAGUCCAGAAGGUGAUGACCAUUCCAUGAUAUAUGGUAGCCAAUACGGAUCCGAGCAGAGGCGUGACGGGGUCUUGCAGCAUGAUCCCAAAAAGAGAAAGAGGAACUUCAGUAAUAGAACCAAGACAGGUUGCCUGACCUGCCGGAAGCGCAAGAAGAAGUGCGAUGAGCAGAAGCCCGAGUGUGGAAACUGCCUUCGCGGAAGUUUUGUGUGUGCAGGUUAUCCACCUCAACGCGGGCCAGGAUGGCAGAAGCCGGACAACAAGGCUCCUGCAGUUCCCCUUGAAUCUAAGGAUCCAACGUACAUCCCCCCGGGAGCUUAUGGGAUGCCGCAGCAAAGCCCUUACGGCAAUCAACCUGUGAAGCGCGAAUCCCUGCCACCUUAUCGUGGCCAGGCUCUUCGCAUAGACCCCCCACAAGGCCGCCCUUUGGUGACCGACGACGACCGGCCAACGGCAUCAACAUUGCCCAGCGCGUCUGUGGCCAGUCCUGAAAACAAACUCUCUGCUCUUCCUUAUACUCCUGCAAACGUUUUCCCAACUCCAGUCAGCGCAAAUCCUCAACCACCGCCACCUUUUGGAGAAAGGAUGACAAAGGAAUACCAGCGUGUGCCUCCGCUGCAUGAUCUCAGCAGGACGGAACCCGAGUCUGCCCAUUUAGGGAACCAGCUUCCACAGAUCAAUAUACUUCACCCGACAAGAACCAACAGUCCUGCUCCUCCCCCGCCAGCACCGACUUCAAAUGCCCAAGUUGCUGCUCAGCUGGCUUUAUCGCACUCGCAGUUCCCUCAGAGGCGAACUCAAAAGGAGGAGAUGUUGUCUGGGCGACAUUACUAUCCUUUCGACAAGGAGCUUUGCUUGGAGCGUGAACGUUGCUCUGCGGCUUGCUGGAGGUUCAACAACCUCACUCCUCCUACUAACGGUGUAUCUCCCGAAGAGCGCGCUCGCCUGUUCCUCGAAAUUCUGCAGCCUCGUGAUCCCGUUCGAGUUUCUCCCACAGAAGCUUCCCCAGUCACCAAUGUUGGCCGUGUAGGCAGGCAUGUUGCUGUUGAGACACCCUUCAUUUGCGAUUACGGGUACAACAUCACUAUUGGCCACCACGUUGUCAUUGGACGCAACUGCACGAUCAAUGAUGUAUGCGAGGUCAAGAUUGGUGACAACUGUGUUAUUGGACCAAAUGUCAGCAUUUUCACGGCAGGGCUCCCCAUUGACCCCAAGAAACGCCAGGGCGGUCAAGGACCUCAGAUGGGCAAACCUAUCACCAUCGAACAGGACUGCUGGAUUGGCGGAGGUGCCAUUAUUCUUCCAGGGAGGACCAUCGGCAAGGGCAGUACUGUUGGUGCCGGAUCAAUUGUCACCAAGGAUGUUCCUCCUUUCACCAUUGUAGCUGGAAACCCCGCGAGGGUCCUACGUGGCAUCGCUUCUUAAUGCUUAUAUUUGGCGUUGCCUGCUUUUCUUUCCUUUUCACCUUCAGACACGAUACCCAGUGUAAUCGCAUGUGUAAAGUUGGCACUGUUGAUGGCCCCCGGCUAUGAGGUUACAAAACUGUCAACGUUAUACAGGUGGAGCGAAACGUUACAAAAGCCUCAGCAUUGUGUUUAUUACGGAUUUUUCUUUUCUCUCUCUGUCUUUUUUGACUACAUUGGAAGGAUUUGCUAUUGGAGCGGGAGCCGAGUGUGGCGGGAAAAGCAAAUAUUGAAUGGGGGCGCCAUGAGUUUUAAUAUGCGGAAAUACGGGCCGCUAUAGGGAGGUAGAAAACCUCAUGUGACGAGACGGAGCGUCGGACGUGCUGAUGAAUCGGGAUGGUUGUGUUUGUAUUUUUCUUUUUCUGGUUCGUGUUGCAUGUGCUACGACUUAUGAGAGAUAAACAAGGCGGGUCGAGACCUGCAGGAAAAUGAUAUCCAUCUAUGUUAUUGAAUGUGCGGAGUAAGCAUUUUACAAUUUAAAAUGCCUCUUAAGGCUUAUUUGAUGCA